AUGGAGCCUCAUUUUUUUACUGGAUGUAGUAAGCUAGGUGCGGAUGCUCUUGAUCCCUUGUAUUUUCUCACCACUACGUAUGUCUUGGAUGUAAAAUUGAUUGUUUCCAAGAUGGCCAGUGAUGAGGAUUCACUAGAUGAUCAAAACCCUAGAUCUUGGACCGUUAGCAACACUAGUGCUAUUAACAAGACAGAAGAAGCAUCCAGCACGGUCCAGGAUCAUCACCCACAAAAAGCAGUAGUGAACUUCUUAAAGGAUGAGAAUACCACCAAAACGAUCCAUGAGCAAUGGCAAGCAAAAGCUAAGGUUGCGUCGUAG